GACAAAGUGACGUUUCGAAAAUAAGUGUAAUGCUCAAUAAGUGUAUCAAUUCACGCAUUUGUAAUUUAUGCAGUGUGACACCGCACCGUAUCUAAAAAUUCCACGUUUUUAUGUGCACAUGUGAUUAUCCCGGCCGCGCUGUGUUUUCACAAUGAAUUACCUCGGAGACAACGCUGGUUUGGGGCUCACGAGCGAGCAAACCGAGAAAGUAUUACAGCUGCAAGACCUCACCGGCAUCGACGACAUGACGAUAUGCCGCGACGUGCUGCAGAGGCACCAGUGGAACCUGGAGGUGGCCGUCCAGGAGCAGCUCAAUAUCAGAGAGGGCAGACCUUCGAUUUACGCCACGGAGAGCAGACCGCCGGCGGUUGUGAGCGACCUUUUGGGGCAACACAUUUACUAUUCGAUGCCUCGGGAUGGGGGCGGUGGCGGCAUUCUGGGUUUUGCCAAAGCUAUGUUUAAUUUUUUCUACAAUAUUUGCUAUAGUACCAUUUUGGCCCUGUUUCAAUUGGGGAGGAGGAUGAUUCGGUUCGAGCCCGAAAGGCCGACUAAUCCGCUAGAUGAUGUUGUUGGGUUUAUUAAUCUUUACCAGGAGAAGUAUGGAGAUUGCCAUCCAGUUUUUUACCAGGGAACUUUCACGCAUGCCCUUAAUGAUGCUAAACGAGAGUUACGGUUCCUUUUAGUUUAUUUGCAUAAAGAAGACCACAACGAUGCUGACUUGUUUUGCAGAGAGUCAUUAUCCCAUCCAGACGUAAUCCAAUACAUCAAUUCGCGUUUCAUUUUCUGGGCAUGCAGUCAAAGCAGCCACGAGGGCCGUCGCGCCCAAAACAUGAUCAAAGCGGGCUCAGCUCCAUUCCUCGGAGUGCUAGUUUUACGCGACAACAGUAUGACGGUCGUGGGCCGUAUGGAGGGUUUUUGUGACCCUACACUCCUCCUCCAACGUCUCAAUACAAUAGUCAGCGAAUUUGAAAUCAGUCUGGUGCAAACCAGAGCCGAUCGGUACGAGGCAAGUUUAAACCGAUCGCUUAGGGCGCAUCAAGACGAAGCAUUUUUGGAGAGUUUGAGGGCCGAUCAGGAGAAGGAACGACGCAGGGAGGAGGAACGUAUGGCGAGGGAGGCCGAAUUGAGGAGGGAGGAGGAAGAGGCUAGAGCUGAGGAAGAGCGUCGACAGAGCAUCGCAAGGGAGAAGAUUGAGUCGGUGGAUAAAGUGCCUGAUGAGCCCGAGAAACAUCAUCCCGAUGCUGUGCAUGUAGUUUUUAAGUUGCCGUGUGGAAGUCGCAUCGAGCGGCGAUUCCUCAAGACACAUUCCUUGGAGGCCGUUUUUUACUUCGUAUUCUGCCAUCCGAAUUCUCCCGAUUCGUUUGAAAUCACGACGAAUUUUCCUAAAAGGGUGCUGAAGUGCAAACCUGACAGUUCAACCGAAAAAAUACAGACUUUAGAAGAAGCGGGACUUAAGAAUCGAGAAGUACUAUUUGUAAAUGAUUUGGACGCCUAGUAUUUAUCUAAAUAAAAUUUAUUUAUGUUAAAAUCUACUUCGUCUAAUCAUAAUAAGAGAAUUUUUCUACAGUAAUUUAAUUGAUUACUAAGUGUUGUUUAUUAUUUGGAUUAGUCAGUUGUUGAAAAAUAUGAUUUAGUUUUUACAUGUUGAGCAUUUAAAAUAGUAACUUGUGAUUUCAUUUGGAUAAGUUUUGAUAUGAUUAAAAUGUGCAUUUUUCAUUACCAUACAUUAUGUAAAUAUUGUAUUUACCUAAAAAAUAAAUCUGUAAUUAUUUAA